ACCUUUAAAAUGCGUCAAAUUUAAAUGGCAAGAGCAAGACAACUGAAACCCUUUCCAUUUCUUUUCCUGUCGGUGGAAGAAUGGAACGUAAAGAUAAUCAAUCUCCUCGAGGCCAUAUUGCUGGGAUUUUGGUUGAAUUCUUGGAGGUAGCAAUCACUUCAGUUGUUUUCCUCAAAGGAAUUUAUUCUCCCGGUGCUUUUGAGAGGAGGAGGUAUAUGAAUGUGGUAGUACAGAGGGCACGGCAUCCUCAGCUAAGAGACUAUAUCCAUUCUGCGGUUUCUGGACUUCUUCCUUUCAUCGAAAAGGGCCUGGUGGAGAGAGUUGCUGUUAUCUUUUUCAACACUGACAACAUUCCAGUGGAGAGAUUUAUGUUCAAACUAACAGUUAAUCAAUCUUUUGACUCAAAGGUGGAAGAAAGUGAUCUAGAAUUCUCUCUUAGAUCAUUCUUAAUUAAACUUUCAGUCUCCCAACCCCUUACAAAGGUUCUUCCAUGUGAUUGCAGGUGGGAGAUCACGGCUUACUUCCGUUCCCUUCCUCAGGUUAGAAAUAGCAAGGACACAGAGUUGUGGAUCUCAACUGACACAAAACAGUGGCAACAACCUCCACUAAUAACCCCUAUCAAGUCGAUGAACAGUGAACCUCUGGGUGUGCAGUUGUUCUUGGAACAUCCCAGCCCAUCGGAACCAAAAUCUUGAGGGGAACUCUUACUUCAUUGUGAUUAAUGGGAUGAAACAUACAAGCAGAUGUAUUUGAAGAGAUAGAGAAAAAAAAAAGAUGGAUGAUUAAUCUUCAACUUCAACUAACAAGUAAUUGGUAGUGUUAAACUGAGGAAUGUACAGAAAGCUUAUAUGUAGGUUAGGCUGGUAAAAAAGUAGAGCAUGGUGUCGUUGUGUCGUUAAUUUUUGUCCUUGCAACUGCAACACAUUUUGAUUUUGCACAUUUGUUUAUGUAUAACAUCUCUAUUCCCUACAAAUUUUCACACCACAUUAAACAUUUCGCUUUUAAUGCAUA